UGUUGUAGCAUCAGAAACAUGUUUGACUAUCAAUCAAAAUAGAAAGUAGAGAUAAAAUUAGAUUCCAGUUUUACCGAACCCGCUGUUCUUCAACCGCAGGAUAAAAUAAAUUGGAAAAAUCCGACCCCAAACCUGAAAACGCCAACAGAAGAAGCCUCUGUGAUUUAUUUAGAAGCAACACCAAAUCAAAUCAUACAGAAAAAGGUCCUUUCGGAUAUCGGAGACAUCAGGUUCUCUCCAUCGGAGGCUUCCCAGAAAUGCAGGCAUGCCUUUCUUUUCUCAUCUCUCUCUCUCUCUCUCUCUCUCAUUUCUCUUGCAUUCCAAUUCAACUUGCUCUUCAAUGGUGGCAGGGAUUCAAAGCAGCCAUUUGUUUCCAGUUUCAACUUCUGUUUAUUUCACUCUGUCUCUUCACCUUCUCCUCCUCUCUCAAGAUGGGAGAAACUUGCUCCUCCGGCGACGAAUGUGAUUCCGGUCUGCUUUGUAAUACUUGCCCUGUAAAUGGAAAUACGCGCCCUAGAUGCACUCGCAUCCAGCCUAUUAGUCCGACAUCCAAGGUAAAAGGGCUGCCAUUCAAUCGUUACUCAUGGCUUACGACUCACAAUUCGUUUGCUCGUUCCGGUGAGAGAUCUGAGACAGGAUCGUUCCUACUGACGCCCACCAAUCAGGAAGAUACGGUCACCACUCAACUAAAUAAUGGAGUUCGUGGACUAAUGCUGGACAUGUACGACUUUCAAAAUGAUAUUUGGUUGUGUCACUCCUUCGGUGGCCAGUGUCUGAAUGUAACUUCAUUUAAACCGGCAAUCAAUGUAUUGAAAGAAGUUGAAAAGUUUAUGGGAGCAAACCCAGAAGAGAUUGUCACAAUCUUCAUAGAAGACUACGUGAUGUCUCCACAACGCUUGAGAAAGGUGUUCAAUGCCUCUGGACUAGAUAAGUAUUGGUUUCCCGUUUCCAGAAUGCCUCUAAAGGGUGGGGAUUGGCCAACCGUCGAUGAUAUGGUGAAGCAAAACCAGAGACUGCUAGUUUUCUCCUCUACACAAUCGAAAGAGGCCUCAGAUGGCAUCGCUUAUCAGUGGCGCUAUGUCCUGGAAAGCCAAUAUGGAAAUGAAGGAAUGAAGCCUGGAUCUUGUCUGAACAGACCAGAGUCGCCUUCCAUGGAUACAGCAACCAUAUCCUUGAUCCUCCUCAACUAUUUUUCUACUAAUCCCAACAAAACGGCUGUUUGUUACGAUAACUCUGCCUCAUUAAUUAGCAUGAUGAAUACUUGCCAUCAAGCAGCCGGCAAACGGUGGCCAAAUUUCAUUGCCGUUGAUUUCUAUCAGAGGAGCGAUGGUGGAGGUGCACCAGAAGCUGUGGAUGUAGCCAAUGGCCAUCUCACUUGCGGGUGUAAUAAUAUUGCCUAUUGCAAGGGAAAUACAACGGGCGUAUGUGAUAACCCACCGGUUUCUCCCCCUCCACCGGCCGCCUUGGAAAGUCCAGUUGAUGCGGGAGACUCCGAUGGCGCACACUCUAAUGGCAGAACAGUCGAGAUCAGUUGGUUGCUCGGAACAAUUUUGACCGUGACACUGUUCUUACGCUUCAAUUAGUGGUCAUUAUUCUGAUCGGGUCCCUUCCCUCCGAUGAUAUUGACAACCAGUUUAUUGGUUCCAUUCUUUUUACUACGUAUACAAAUUAUAAUCUUCAAAUCAAAUACUUUUGAGAAA